UUAAACCGUAAAUUCCAAGUGGAUUCCAUGGAAAUUGUUAUCCCACAGUGGGAAUGGGAGAUGAUGGAGGAUAAAGCCCCUCGUGUAGCCGACUACUUUGUGGUUGCAGGCCUCACUGACUCUUCCAAGCCUCUAGAAGAGGAGCUCCACUUUGAUGAAGCCGCUCCCAAGUCCGUGAAACCCAAAGCCCCCAUCACUGAUGUAGCUGUAAUUAUCAGAUCUCUGGGCGAGGAGGUUCCGCCGGGGUUCACCUGCAUAGAAACCACUCCCUCAGGCCUCUCCGCAGAGCUCAACGGAGCCAGCCUCAGGGGUCCACAGAUAUUCUUGUGCUUCAAGCGAGGUCGAGAUAAGCCUCCACUGACAGAUCUUGGGGUGUUGUACGAGUGGAAAGAGAAACUGAAGCCUGGAUGUCACAUCGUCCAGACCACACCCUCAGGUCGCCCUGCCAACAUCAGCACCUCAUCUUCGCAGCGCAUCUACAUCACUUAUCGCCGUGCCCCAAAAAGCCAGCCCCAUACUUCACUCGCUGUUACCAAUGUCUGCAUCAUCAUACCAGGGAAGGGGGAAGCACCUCCUCACACCUUCUGCAAGGUGGACAAGAACCUCAACAGCAGCAUGUGGGGGUCCUCAGUCUACCUUUGCUAUAAGAAGUCUCUGGCUAAAACAAACACCAUUGCAUACAAAGCAGGUCUGCUGUGCAGAUACCCUGAAGAAGACUAUGAGUCCUUCCCACUGCCUGAGUCAGUGCCUAUGUUCUGUCUGCCCAUGGGAGCCACCAUCGAAUGCUGGCCGGCGCACACAAAGCACUCACUGCCUGUUUUUUCUACAUUUGUGCUGACAGGAGGCUCUGGAGAAAAGGUGUACGGUGCAGCCAUUCAGUUCUAUGAGCCUUGCCCGGAGGAGAACCUGUCGGAGCGUCAGUGCUCUCAGCUCGGUCUGCCGAGCCCUGACCUCAGACCUGACGGGACCAGAAGCGUUUACAGCAACAAGAGCAUCUGUCUGCUCUCCCACUGGCCCUUCUUCCAGUCGUUCAAGAGCUUUCUCACUUUCCUCUACCGAUACUCCAUCUCUGGACCGCAUGCUCUGCCCAUAGAAAAGCAUGUUUCUCACUUCAUGCAAAAUGUGCCGUUCCCCUCCAUUCAGAGACCCCGUAUACUAGUGCAGCUGUCUCCACAUGACAGUCUGAUGCUGAGCCAGCCUGUUUCAUCUCCGCUGCCUCUCAGUGGUGGAAGCCUGUCUACUUUACUCCUGAAUUUGGGUCCAAAGAACGCAGCCACACUCCUGGUGCUGGCCGUCACGGAGCACAAGAUCCUGGUUCAUUCCCUGCGUCCAGCUGUUCUCACCAGUGUUACAGAAGCUCUCGUGUCUAUGAUCUUCCCCUUCCACUGGCCGUGCCCUUACAUUCCUCUGUGUCCUCUGGCUCUGGCCGAUGUGCUCAGUGCACCCUGUCCUUUCAUCGUGGGCAUGGACUCUCGGUACUUUGACCUUUAUGUGCCCCCGUCUGACAUCACUUGUGUAGAUCUGGACACCAACACUAUCUCUCAGAAAGACGACAAGAAGGCUCUAACGUGGAAAAUUCUGCCCAGACGAGCUUGCAAAUGUCUCCUAAAUUCCCUGAGUAAGAUCUGUCAGCAGCUCCUCGAGGGCGGUCAGGUGAACCGCGAAGAUGUCCAGAUGGAGCAAAUGGUGACCGACCGAGAGCUUGAUGGAGGAAAAAGUCUCCAAACUCUGGAGCUGGAAAUUCAGGAGGCCUUCCUGAGGUUCAUGGCGGCCAUCCUACGAGGCUACCGCUCCUUCCUGCUGCCCAUCACGCAGGCACCCUCUGAGAAGACCACAGAUGCUAGCUCAUUAUUUGACCUCCAAGGCUUCCUGAAGAGCAGAGAGCGCUCCCAUCAGAGGUUUUACUCCCUCAUGAUGAAGACUCAGAUGUUCAGCCGUUUCAUAGAGGAGUGCUCCUUCGUCAGUGACAAAGACGCUAGCCUGGCUUUCUUUGAUGAGUGUGUCGAUAAGACGGACAGCGAGCGGCAGGAGGAAACCAGACUGAUUGAACUGGAUGAAUCCCACCGCAGUGAGCACACGGUCUACAUCAAUCCUCCAGAGCUGCCUCCACUACCAGAAGGCGAGGAGCAUCCUCUGUGUUACAGCUACUCCUGGUUUCCAGUACUUGAUGCUGAGCUGCUGGAGCCUCUGGAGGGACAAGGUCCUCCAUCGGCCAACAUGGUCUCACGCCACAGCAGUCCAGCCAGCCCCACAGCCAUCUUCAGACGCUCCAAGCAGGAGAUCAAGUCAGCUCAACGCAUGGCCAAAACCUACUCCUCCAUGCCUCAGAUGUGGUCCAAGUGUCUCCUGCGACACUGCUAUGGCCUGUGGUUCAUCUGCUUGCCUGGAUUAGUGAGCACCUCACACUCGAAGGUGCGAGCCCUGCGGACAGCCUACGAUGUCCUAAGGAAGAUGCAGGACAACAAGUUGCAGGCUCCUGAUGAGGUGUGUUACCGUGUGCUGCUGCAGUUAUGUGGUCAGUACAGCCAGCCCGUCCUGGCUGUUAGGGUCCUGUUUGAGAUGAAAAAGGCUGGGGUCCAGCCCAAUGCCAUCACUUAUGGUUAUUACAACAAGGCCGUGUUGGAGAGCACCUGGCCGUCCACCACCAGAGGGGGCCACUUCCUGUGGGGGAAGCUGAGAAACGUGGUCCUGGGUGUGCUGCGCUUCAAGCAAGCAGGAAGAAAGCAACCAACAUCUCACAGAGACCCGCAGCUUUCAGAUGGCAGUGACCUCGACACGGUCAGCCACGGCAGCUUGGACAGUGCCAACGACUCUGCUGAGCGGACGUCCAUCGACACAGACUUCACCAAAAUGGACUCGAGCGAUGAUGGGUUCAGUACAGGUGGCCAGUCAGACCAGGGCUAUGAUUCACUGUCUAAGGAGGAGGAGAGACUCUGCGUCCGGCCGACUGACAGCACACCCCUGCUGGAAGACAAGGGAGUCAAUCAGUCCGGCAGUGGCUGCAGGCUUGUUAACAUUCCAUCUGGCAACACCAUUCUGUCUGGAGCCCUUCCAAAAACUGAGAGGCCAAAAUCUCUAGACUUAUCCGGCGGAUUGGAAACGCUGAGGUUCCCAGUGCCUCAUGUGGGCUCAGUAAAGCAGCUUCACCUCACUGCUGAUAGGCUGCGUGGUGUGAAAGAAGAGGAGGCAGAAACAGAGAAGCCUGUGGUGGAGAGGAGCAGGAGCUGCAGCAACGCUGUGGAGUCGCCCGGUGUUGCUGUGACUGUGAAGAGAACAGGCGUAGAGAUGGGAUUCGAUCCACUGUCGCUAAUGGCGUCGGAUAGUUUGCCGGAGUGUGAGGAGGAAAAGUGCAGCACUCCAACAACUCCCCGUAACCUUGCCACGGAGAUAGAGACGUACAUGAACAACCGCAGCAGUCCUCUGAACAGACACUCACCUGCAGACGUGCAGGAGCCCUGCAGCCCCUUGUUUCAAUCCUCCUCAUCCCCUCAGUCCUCUCACCGACCCACGCCCCUCCAACGCACCAACACACAGAUCUCACUGCCCCUCAAAUCUCAAGAAAAACUAAGGUCGUCGAUGUCACUUCCUCUGGGCGCCUGUAUUAAGGACAGAGAGAGGCCCUCGUCGUUUGUGUCACCUUCGUCGCCUACACCCUCCAACUCAUCAUUUUCCAUGGACUCUCUCUUCACACCAACACUGGACAUAUUCAAGAGCAGCGUCAUAUCAGCAGGGAAGGGCGUGGCCGAGAAGGCCAGUCGACUUUACUCACGCCUGUCCUCGCAGACAUCAUUGACACAGGAUGUAAACUGUGACCGGAUCAGUGUGUCGUCACUGACCUCUGCUGAAACAGACUGCUCCUGGUUCUUCGAUGCCGACUCUGGUCUGGACCCAGAUGGCUUCACUUCUCCUCAGCAUGGUAACAUGACGCGACUCAGGAGGAGCCCUGUUGUAGGCCAUGCUAAUGCAGGCAGCCCAGUCACACCCAACAGAGUCUUCAGGCACAACUCCUUCUCUGGUGGUUUGGCAAUUUCCUGCAAAUCUCCUCACACUUCAGAUGCCUCCCCCGACACCGGCCGCUUCCAACCCAGCCCCAGUUACACCCUGGAGGUUCAGAUUUCCAGUUGUUCUCUGUGUAAGACCUGCGACUCUCUGGUGUAUGAUGAGGAGAUCAUGGCUGGCUGGACAGCCAACGACUCCAACCUCAACAGCACUUGUCCUUUCUGUGGUACAGCCUUUCUGCCUUUUCUCAAUGUGGAAAUUAAAGACCUUAGACCACCGUGCAGGUCUCCUCAGGAGAGCAAGGCUGUUCCAGAGGAGGACGUUUCUGACUCACUUAACAGUGAGAUUAAAGCAUCUCCCAAAGACUGUGCCGCUCCUUCAUCCACAGCUGUCCCACAGAGGCAGGAGGUCAGUGGGACUGCAGGAAACUCCUCCUCCUCUGCUCCGGUGACGGUGCCAUACCUGAGUCCUCUGGUUCUGUGGAAGGAGCUGGAGAGCCUGCUGGUGAAUGAGGGAGACCAGGCCCUGUCCUCUGCCACUGUUGUCGACCAACACCCUAUCGUCUUCUGGAACCUCGUGUGGUAUUUCCGUAGACUGGAUCUGCCAAGUAACCUGCCUGGUCUCAUUCUGGCCUCUCAGCACUGGAGCAGAAAGGAGCAGAGCGUUUCGUCAGAGGACAGUAAACAGGUGCUCGUAAGGAUAAUGUGGGACAACCUGAGGCUUCAUCAAGACAAAGUUCAACCCUGCUACGUCCUGUGGAACGCACAUUGUGCCAACUCCCUGAUUCGCUCCGGGCUGUGUGAGGAAGGACAGCUCUUUACUGUGGAGCUCCUUCAGGGCUUUGUGAGGAGCAUUAAGAAGAGUGAUGUCUAUCAGCCCAUGAGCCAGAUCAUCCAGCUGCUGGGACCAGAGCUGGGCUUCAAAAGACAGAGGAGUCUCUAUAGAGAUUUGCUGUUCCUCACACUGGUGGCACUGGGGAAAACCAACAUUAACAUAAAUGCUUUUGAUCGGGAGUACAAGCUGGCUUACGAUCGACUCACACCCAACUUAGUCAAACUGACACACAACUGUGACAGGCCCCCCGGACCAGGGGUCAUGGAAUGCAGGAGGACUUUUAAGGAACCCAGUCUGUGAACCAUUUCUCUUUAUUAUUUUGACUUUGACAUUUUGAUCACUGCUGCUGAUUUUUAGGUCUUUACUUUUAUGGACUUUUAUAGCUCACCUGUCUGAGCUUAUGGAGAAGCACAAGUUAUAUAAAAAAAAAGACAAUAAUUGUACAACAACUGCCACAGGGGUACUUUGUAAAGCUUUGCUGUAUUUUCACCAAAAACAGUAAUCGAACAUUUCUACAUUAAAAAUACAAAUCUGUAAUAUUUCUAUAUAUAUUUGUACAUUCUGUUAAAAUUCUUUAAAAAAAAUUACCUUAGUGUUUAGACUGUUGUUACCUGUACCUGACAUUUUCUUUUCUACGAAGCACUUUGACCGAAUCAGCUCAUAGCAGUGUGAGACUUUACCUAAUACAGUGUUCCACUGAAUUCAGUCUGACACAGUUAAACCCAUUAACUGAGCACCGGCUUCUCCACACACCUAAAUACACACAUUUACAUAUAACGUCAUUUCUUAAUCAAAAAAGAAAGUUCUCAAUUAAUGUAAACUAUAUGAACAUUUAUUUUUUUGUAUCAUUUUGUACAACAUUGAAUCCAAAAAGGGACAACAUGUCUGUUAUUUAUUUGUCAUUUAAUGAAAUAUAUCUUUUUUAGAGUAGUGAGUGAAUAACCAAUGUGUUAAAUGGGACCAUGAAGGAAAUGUUUCCUUGACCGCAGUACAAUCACACUAUGAGUUAUGUAAAUAUUUAGAACGUGAAAGUGUCAUGUUCAUUUUAACAACAGGUCUUUUCGAUGAGAAAGAUUGCUGUAAUGACAUCGUUGAACAUUGGUGUACAGGUGAUUUCUUUCUCGUGUCACACGUGUUUAUCAUUCAUCAAUGUUUGGACAAUUGUGCACUUUUAUUGGUCAGUUUUUAUCACUUAUAAAAGAGACUGUUCUAACAGAUGGCAGUGCAAGUGCUUUGACCUUAGAAUUACUGUUUAGGCUGCAAAGGUCACAACUUUGACCCUCAACUCUUUCAGUGUUAAAUUACCGUGUCAUUUUUCUCCCACAUCCCUCAGUUUAACUGACUAAUCCUGCCUCUGCACGUGGUCAACGUGCACAUGCUGAACCUAAACGUCAUUAUGACUAAUAAUAUGAUUAAAAUGCUGGAAUAAAUAAUAUAUAUGAAAAUAACACUGGUUACACAGAAUAUUUAUACAUAUAUCACCUUGUAAGUUGUACUUAAAGCACUGAAGACCAAAAAUACUACACGUUGUUUACACAGUAUCUAUGUAUUUAUCCCUCGUAUCACAGAUACUAAUUUGUAUGUUUGUUUGGGUUUUUUUUAAUCAAAACAGGAAACAACGUUCCCUGGCUGGAUCUGUACGUUGCUUUCAUGUAUUAAUAAACAUUUAUUCUGUGGA